AUGUUCAAAUUUGCUGUUGUCAUUUUCGCCAUCAUUGCCUGCGUUGCUGCCAAGCCUGGUUUGGUUGCUCCUUUGGCUUACACCGCUCCUGCCGCCGUUGUUGCCGCUGCCCCAGCUCCAUUUGUCACUGCCACCAGCAGUCAAUAUGUUGCCCGUAACUACAAUGGCAUUGCCACCGCUCCAGUGGUUGCUCCCGUUGCUGCCCCUGUUGUGGCCAAGACUUUCGCCGCUCCAGUAGCCGCCGCUUAUACCGCUCCCGUUGCUGCUGCCUACUCCGCCCCUGUAGUUGCCAAAUAUGCCGCCACCUAUGCUGCUCCUUUCGCCUACUCUGCUCCUUUGACAUAUGCCGCUGCUCCAGCUCCAGUUUUGUUGUAAAGAUGUUGACUGAAACAUGCUGAUCUAAUCCGAAAUAAACUA